CCCCAUCCCCGACCAUCCCCGAUCCCUCCCUGCCUGCCGGGACACCCCCGCCCCCGACAGCGGCUUUGCACCGACGCCAUUCCGGUGCGUGUUGCGGAGCCGGUGCUUCCUUCGGGGAACUGCAGCAGCCUAAGUCGCUAUGACCUUCAAGUUACUCCUGGGGUCAGGAGGCUCCGACCUGUCAGAGGGCGGCCAGAAGCAGUGGCACGGAGACGUUCCUCAGCAUCUCCGAAACCACCUUGUUCAUAAGUUAGUCCAAGCUAUAUUUCCUGCUCCUGACCCUGCAGCACUGAAGGAUCGGCGUAUGGAGAAUCUGGUGGUGUAUGCUCGGAAAGUGGAAGGGGAUAUGUAUGAGUCAGCAAACAGCAGGGACGAGUACUAUCACCUGCUGGCGGAGAAGAUCUAUAAGAUUCAGAAGGAGUUGGAGGAGAAACGAAGAACCAGGCUGCAGAAACAAAACAUGAUCCCAAAUGCUCCAGGCAUGCCACAGGCUCCCAUGAAUCAAGGGCCCAACAUGGGACAGCCACAGCCAGGGAUGUCUGCAAUGCUGGAGGUUUGUUUGGAAAACCUGAACCUGGAGGACGUCUGACACUAGGGAAAUCUGCUGAUCGAGUUGCAGUCAGGAGGCUUUGCGAGCUCCCCGCCACUGUUCCUCUGCGAGGAGAGAAUCCUUUGUACCAUUAAGAAGCUGUGCUAUAAAACGCGUAAAAAUUUUAAAACCAAUUGCGUAGCAAAGUAAGCGCUUAAAGGCCUGUUCUGCGUAGGUAAUGCUCUUUUUUUUUUUUUUUUUUGCUAAAUAAAGCAUCUGUUUAUGCAUGCAA